CGCCGGAAGUCGAGGGCGGGUCAAAGGAGGCGCGGUCUCUCGAGUUCAUGGCGGUGCUACUGCUCGCGCGCGGUGGGGUUUUGCGGCCUCCGGGCUGCAAACUUGGGUGUCUCUUUCCCCACGGACUCGGGGUUUACAGCCCGGGGGAGGGGACUGCGAGGGUCCUGCUGGCGCGACUCUGCGCUCGGCCAGUGGAGACAUGGCGGCCCUCGGGGCUCGCUAGCCGCUGCCUGGGAAGCCGGCCCCUCAGCACGGAGAGACCGCCACCGCCCGGGUCGUCGGGUCCGGAGCUGAAGGGCAGCAGAGACCCCACGCGCCCCUCGAAGCCCGGGCCUGUUUCCUGGAAGUCUUUAGCCAUCACCUUUGCUAUUGGAGGAGCUUUAUUGGCUGGAAUGAAGUACUUAAAGAAAGAAAAGACAGAGAAGCUGGAGAAGGAACGGCAGCGAAGUAUUGGAAAACCUUUACUUGGGGGCCCGUUUUCCCUCACGACUCACACCGGAGAGCCCAAAACUGAUAAGGACUACCUGGGUCAGUGGGUAUUGAUUUAUUUUGGUUUCACUCACUGCCCUGAUAUCUGUCCAGAAGAACUAGAAAAGAUGAUUCAAGUCGUGGAUGAAAUAGAUAGUAUUCCAACGCUGCCAAAUUUAACCCCGCUUUUCAUCACCAUUGACCCAGAGAGGGACACAGAAGAAGCCAUCGCAAAUUAUGUGAAAGAAUUUUCUCCCAAGCUGAUUGGCUUGACUGGCACAAAAGAAGCGAUUGAUCAGGUGGCCAGAGCAUUCAGAGUGUACUACAGCCCUGGCCCCAAGGAUGAAGACGAGGACUACAUAGUGGAUCAUACAAUCAUAAUGUACUUGAUUGGACCAGAUGGUGAGUUUAUAGAUUAUUUUGGCCAGAACAAGAAGAAUGGAGAAAUAGCUGGUUCAAUUGCUGCGCACAUGAGGAAUCACAGGAAGAAGAGCUAGCCAACGCAGCGGGCUGUGCCGCGUUCUCCUGCUGGAGAGGACAGCAGCCUCGUCUCCCGGAGGAGCCCAUACAGUUGUGUAUAUUAUACGUGCAGCCUGCAGAAUGGCCUGCAGACCGGGAGACUAUCUGCAUUUUGGACAAGGCCUGUUACCCUUGGGUUCAGCCAGGAUGGAUUUUUGGAACCAAAAAGACUACAUCCAGAAAUCUCCCAGAUAAUCACCUGGGGAGCAGAGGACCAAGUUGCCAUGAAGCCAGCAGAGUGGACCUCAGGGGAGGAAGGAGCCAGAAAAGGCACAGCCAGGGCGUCUCCCCACGUGAGCAGGGCUCUCUGGUCAGCUUGCUGCCUCUCCCAUGUCUUGGACCCCUACUCAGGUUGUGCUGAAUUCCCAGGAAGAGUGUAACUUCCAUAGUGCCCUUGGCUUUGCUCUUCAAGCUCUUGGUGGCUGAUAACGAAUUACGCUCUCUGACAUUCAUAGUUGAUCUUUAUGCUUGAAAGCAUUAGCACAGUCUUCCUUGUUAAUGAAAAUCACUGUCAGGUUUGCAUUGCGUCCCCUUGUCAGCUGGCACUGAUUUUACUCAGGAAGAGGAAACCUAGUUCUGGGGCAGACCGUUAGGUUGGUUUCCCUUGGGGUCCUUCGUGUGAUUUUUGUCUAAGUGAUGGCUUUCAGGGAUCUGCCAAGUGGGUGUAAGGAUACGGAUGAUUGUCCUGGGUCUGAAAUAAAGGUGUGCUUAGUUUUGCAGCUUGGACAAGCAUGACCUUUCUCAUGGGUGCGUAGAUGGCAGCACACAGCUGUCAGGGCUGAGACCCUCGGACUUGGGGCAGAUAGGUGGGUACCUGUUGAAGUGCAGGUUCCUGGGCCCAGAGCUGGGGACGGAUGCAGAGCCCUGCGGUGGCUGUGGGACCAGGCCUCAAGAGACAAACAGUCUCUUGAGGGGUGGAGGGUGGAUUGGAUCUGGGUGUGUGAGGACGUGGCUCAUCUUCUGGUGAGUCGGCCUGCCUGGUGCUGGCACAAGACAUCCGGGAAGCCGCUGGCUUUGCUUCUGAAUCUAACCUCCCUGGUGUCUGGGCUUGACUGGCAGCCGCCCUUCUCCACCCCAAGCCGCCGCAGAGCCUCGGAGUGUCUCAGACUCGGGCUCUCCUUGCCCAUCACUCUGUUCCCCGUGCACAUGACACGGCACCGCCUUUGGUUUUCAAACUCUCUUCUCAGUGCUUUGGAUAAAUCUACUGCAGAUGAUUCUCAAGGUAUGUGAAGAAGAAAAACCCAAAGGCUAGCAAUUCUGGGCUGUACUGCAUCCGCUCAAUUCACAUACUCCUGGACAUUCUAACCCCCGUGCCUCGGAAUGUGGCCUUACCUGGAGAUAGAGUGUCUAAAAGGGUGACGGAGCUAAAAUGAGGCCUUUAGGGUGGGCCCUCAUCCAGCAAGCCUGGUGUUCUUAGACAAGGCGAUUGGGACACAGGCAGAGAAGACCAUGUGAAGCCAUGGAGAGAGGCCUCCAAAAGCAGGCCCGAUGGCACCCUGAUCGGGGGUUUCUCCCCAGAGCUGAGAGUAAAGGUCCUCCAUUGGAGCCAGGGCUGUGGAGCUCCACUGCAGCACCCUGGCAGCCUCCUGCCGUGCCAGUCUCCUUUCAGGCCCGUUAAUUAAAAGCACAGGAUUUGGUUGAUAAAAACGUCAGCUCGGGUUGGCAUGGAAUGGCUUUUCUAGGAACCUUGUCAAGAAGAUGAGGAACUUAAUGGAAGACUAGUUUCUUGUUUGAAAGAAGAUCUAAGUAUAAAAUGCCAGGCAUUUAAAAAGAGGGUCUGUUUUAAGCCAUGAAACAUUUGUGUGGAUCACUUUGCAGCAGCUUUGCUCCAGAGAAAAUUCAGCCUUCAUUCUCAGCUGUUGCAGGUUAGAGCUUGUGUCGUGAUCCAAAAAAGGAACAAAAGCUUUUGAAGAAAGCUUUUAUUUGCUCUUCAUUCCAGUGUCAAGCUUAAAGGCUUAGAAGCAGAGAAAGGGACCUCGGAGAUGACAUCCAAGUCUCUCUACCCACGAGAAGAGAGUCCCAAAGAUAGGUAUUGACUGCACUUCUGAACCCAGACUAGUCCCAAUUGCUAGUCAGGUCCCUGCCUGUCCCGCUGCUGUGGGAGUUCAUGGUGGCCUUGUGGAUUCGGAUAGGACAACAGGCACAACUCAGCUGAAUCAUGGGAGAUUUAAAUCAAGGCUGCCUUUCACACAGUCGUCCGCAGACCAUGAACUGGGUGGAUUACAUGUUAUGCUGGACUCUUCAGUGAGAUUAAUAUUUUAAGAAAAGGCACUUACUUGAAAAUUAUAAGAAUGCUGACCACGCAGCAGGCACAGAAGUAUUUACUGCAUCCGGCUGUCCAUGAGGCAGCUGGUAACUUCAAGUGCAAGAGCUGAGAUUCACUGAAUACCAGUAAGAUGCCUGUGUGGGUUGGGCAGCUAAUGGGAACCCAGUAAAUGAUUUGAAAUUGUGAAUGUAUCUGCAUAAGAUAUAUAAAAGCAUCUUUUAUUGUUUUUAAAUGUAAGGAUAAAAGAAAUUUUUCUAAUCA